AUGAGUUUCUCUGGAUCUGAACUUUUCUGUUUGUGUCUCAGAAUGGCAUCUCGAGGCAAACCGGCCUGCAACGGCCCUCGGUUAGGAAACCUGGGGUUUAGAUCUCGCCGCCGCCGAAGAUCUGCCGACCAGGAGGCCGCGGAGGCCAGCGUCCCCAGCCCUGGGCUCAUCUCAUUGAACAACGGCGGCCAGGUGCCCGGGAGGGACCAUUUUCUGAACCUCUGUCAGGCCUUCAGAGACUGGCUGAAGCCAGAGAGGAACAGCAAGCAGGAGAUGAUUGCCUGCCUGGCGCUGGAGCAGUUCCUGCUCAGCAGGGCCCAGGGAGAAAGGGCUGUGUUGCAGCAGAAGUGGGAGGCGUGUGGCAGAGACCUGGAGUCCUUCGUGGAGGACCUGGAUGAUGGGAACCUGAGGCCCCCUGGCUUGGUCCACGUCCAAAUGUGGGGGCAGGAAGCCCUGUUUUCGGAGAACACGCCCAUAGGACAGGUCAUGGCCUACUUCCUGGAGCAGCACUCAGCAGCGGCCCCCACAGCGCUCACCCCCGGGACUCCCUCCCAGAAUCCCCCAGACACACCACGGCCGACAGCACCAGGACACGCAGGGGAACAGGGCGGCAACCUUUCCAGGGAAGACCACCGACCCCCCUCCCUGCUCAUCCUCCAGGGAGAGAGCCUCCCGGGGCCCACAGAGGGCGCCGUGUCCUGGGAGAGUCCACGCAGCCCCAGGGCAGCCAGUCCGGGCGCCUCUGCCCAAGAGGAGACCCUGGAGGAGACCCCGGAGGAGACCAGGGAGGAGAUCCUGGAGGAGACCAGGGAGGAGAUCCUGGAGGAGACCCUGGAGAUCCUGGAGGAGACCAGGGAGGACACCAGGGAGGAGACCAUGGAGGAGACCCUGAAGGAGAACCGGAAGCCGGAGGGCGGAAGCCCGGGCACCACCCGGAAGCUAUACUCGUGUAACCGGUGUCCCAAGGUCUUCAAGUACUUAUGCCGUUUCCGGCUCCACGAGAGGAGACACAACAACGAGCGGCCCUUCGUCUGUGCCGAAUGCAACAAGGGCUUCUUCCAGGCCUCGGAACUGAACGUGCACCUGCGGACCCACAAGAAGGAGAAGCGAUUCCACUGCCAGAAGUGCGGCUGGCCCUUCAGCCACAAGACCAACCUGGUGGCCCACGAGCGCAUCCACUCGGGCGCCAGGCCCUACGAGUGCCCUCGGUGCAGGAAGACCUACCGCCAGUCCUCCACCUACCACCGCCACCUGCGCAUGCACCAGAGGAGGGACUCUGCAUCCGGGGCCUCGGCAUCCGGGGCCUCGGCAUCCGGGGCCUCUACAUCCAGGGCCUCCGCAUCUGGGGCCUCUACAUCCGGGGCCUCCGCAUCUGGGGCCUCUACAUCCGGGGCCUCCGCAUCCCCCACAUCCGGGGCCUCUGUAUCCGGGGCCUCCGCAUCCCGCACAUCCGGGGCCUCCAAAUUCGGAGACUCCAUGCCCUGA